AUGCGAGACCAGGGUGUGUUCAGUAGUGUGUGCAAGCGCUGGAAAGCCUCCACAUGUGUCCUCAUCUCUCUACUGGCCUCACUGCUGCUGCUGGCUUUUAACAUGCGCCUACCACUUGGUGAAUACACAGGACUGCGGCUGGUGAAUGGCAGGAGCCAGUGUGAAGGCCGUGUCGAGGUUCAGUACAAUGGUACAUGGGGCACGGUGUGCGAUGAUGACUGGGACAUGGUGGAUGCUAAUGUAGUGUGCCGACAGCUGGACUGUGGUCUGGCUGUGGCAGUGGGCACAAGCUCCCGUUUUGGACAAGGCUCCGGGCCCAUCCUACUUGAUAACGUUGACUGCAAAGGGGGAGAGACGGACCUGAGCCAGUGUGGCAAUCAAGGCUGGGGCAUCCACAACUGCUAUCAUUAUGAGGAUGUGGCUGUCACCUGCAAAGGUAACGCUGUGUUAGGCCCUCAAGAGCUGUCUAAGGAGCCCAGCACUCCAGCUCGCAGGAACUCUGGUUUAUGGGAUGGUUCAAUCCGAUUGGUGGGCGGCUUGGAUCGCUGCCAGGGCCGGGUGGAAAUCUACUACCGGGGCAGCUGGGGAACAGUGUGUGAUGAUGACUGGGGCACACGAGAUGCGGCUGUGGUGUGCCAGCAGGUUGGAUGUGGCCCUGUCGUCACCCACACCACCAAUGCCUACUUUGGCUAUGGCAAAGGUCUCAUCCUGCUGGACAAUGUACACUGCAGUGGUUCAGAGAGCCAACUGGCCGCAUGCUACAGCCUUGGAUGGGGGAUUCAUAACUGCGGCCAUCACGAGGAUGCUGGAGUCACCUGUACAGGACUGACCACCACCACUGCGCCUCCUGUGAACACAGAGACCAUAAACAAUGCAUUCUUCCAUACCAAGAUCCCAGCAGAAACAGGAAUGACUGUUCCAGUUACAGAGACAACACCACCUAAUCCAACCACAUCCUUUACCACAAAAGAGCAGCCCACCGUCCGUGUGGUGAACGGGAACAGCAGCUGUCAGGGCCGAGUGGAGGUCUUCUACGAAAACAUCUGGGGAACGGUGUGUGAUGAUGAGUGGGAUAUGGAGAACGCUCAGGUGGUGUGCAGACAGUUGGGGUGUGGCCCAGCCAUGGCAGCCAUCCCACUGGCUUACUUCGGCUAUGGCUCUGGUCCCAUCCUGCUUGACAACGUGGACUGUGAGGGCAGUGAGCGGCUGCUGGCUGACUGCUUCAAUUUGGGCUGGGGACAGCACAACUGUGGACAUCAUGAAGAUGCUGGAGUCAUCUGCUCAAGUAAGACAAAUGCAUUUCAUGUCAUUAGAGUUUAUACCACAACCUCUGUCUCUGUAGGUGCAAUGAGGCUAUCAGAUGGUCCGCACCGCUGUGAGGGCCGAGUAGAGCUGUAUCAAAGUGGUGCGUGGGGCACUGUAUGCGACGAUGCCUGGGACCUGCCCGAUGCCCAGGUAGUGUGCAGGCUGCUGGGCUGUGGUGAUGCCAUAGCCGCACAAGUUGAGUCCUUCUUUGGACCAGGCGCUGGCACCAUUCUCCUGGACAAUGUGAAGUGCACAGGCACAGAGAUGUCACUCCAGCAGUGCUCCCAUAUACCGUGGGAUGUGCACAACUGUGACCACUCAGAGGAUGCCGGUGUGACUUGCUCACUCACAUGA